AUUUGUGACUGCUGCACUUUUUUUAUUUACUAUACAAUUAUUACAAUUUUCAACAGUCUUUAUUGUUUUACACAUGCAAACAAAUUAAAAAUGAAUCCAAAAACGGUUAAUUCCAUGCGAAAUCUGUGCAGAACGUGUAUGACCCGAUUUUCCAAAACACAAAGGGAAAGUGCCAUUAAUAAUAAGCAGAGCAUUCAUGAAGUACCAACUGGAUGCAAAGAAGAUGCCAGCUUAAUGGAACUACUUCAACUGGUACAGCCUCAAAUAAAAGUGGAAAUCAGUGACAAUCUUCCUACGCUAAUGUGUACAGAUUGUAUAAAGAAAUUAUUAAUGACCCAUGAAUUUAUAGAGAUGUACAAAAAUGUCGAUAAACAAUUCCGUAAUAUGUUGAAGCAAGUUGAAUCCACCAACAGUAAACGUAAUGUAAAGGCGUCAAAGGAAUCCAUAGAAAUUAUUGAGUUAAACGAUCAAACCGAAGAGGCGAUAGAAAAAGAAGAUAAUAUCUAUGAAUUAACCAAGUAUGAAAUAGAAGUUGAAGAAAUAAAUAUUGAAGAGCUGGAUAAAGAGGAAGUGAAUGUAAGUGAUUGGCCAGAAUUUGAUGAUGAACCGUUGCAUGACAUAUCAGAAGCUGAAGAUAAGGAAUAUUUCACGAAUCCCUAUAGUGAUGAAGAAUCGGAAGAAAAAGAGUUGUAUUUCACAAAUCCUUAUAGUGAUGCCAGUGAUAAUGAAUGGACACCUAAUGAAAAUUGCCAAAAGGGCACCACUACAAAGUCCAUUACGAAAAGACGAAAAUCGAACAAUGAUAUAAAUGAUGACACCACAAUAGAUAUUCCUUCUAAUAAAAAACCUAAAAAAAAGAUUUCGAAAAGAAGAGAUAAAAUUCCGGAACAAAUUCAGUUGCCUGUAGAAAAUAAAGACAGCAGUUUUCCAUGUCUGGAGUGUGAAACAGUUUUUGAUAAUGAACAACUUCGGCUAGAGCAUAUGCGAUUCCAUCGAAUCGGAAAAAUGUGUAAAAGAAAGUACACGAAGAAAUCAGACAAACCAUCAACAAAUCAAAUCAACCAUAUGGGCUAUGAAUGUAAUCUUUGUAGCAAAGUUUUUUCGAAAAACACAUCAUAUAAGAUUCACAUGCGUGUACAUACAGGUGAGGCACCGUACCUGUGCAUUGAGUGUGGAAAAGGUUUUAAAGUUCUGGGCAGUUUAAAUACACACAUGUUAAGACACAAAGGCGAGAAAAAUGUUCAAUGUCCACAUUGUCCAAAAAAGUUUGUGUGCUCAAGUGGUUUAUAUGGUCAUAUGAUGGUACAUACGAAAGAGAAGCCAUUUGUGUGUGAUAUUUGUGGGGCUGCCUUUCAUAUGGCUUAUAUGUUGAGAAAACAUAAUCUUUAUCAUAACGGUAUUAAAAACUAUCCAUGUGAAUAUUGUGAUAUGAGAUUUGUUACUGCAGAGAAAUGUCGUCGACAUAUGCGCACACACACGGGAGAAAAACCCUAUCGUUGCAAAUAUUGCGAGAGAGCUUUUGCUCAAAGUAAUGAUUGUAUUAAGCAUUUGCGACAACAUCUGGGCGAUAAUGUCUAUCAGUGUGAACUAUGCCCGCUAAGAUUUCCAUUGGCCAGAGAUUUGCGAGUACAUUUCGCCACUCAUAAAGAUGAUGAUGAAGAAACUCGUGCCCGUUAUCUACAGGCUCGGUUAGAUGAAGAGCAAAACUUGCGAGAUAAAUUGGGGGUUAAGGAAACUUGAACAAUAUAAUUAAUUUUAGUUUUUAAUGUAAUAUAAUUAAAAUGUGUGGAAAAAAAUUCGCCUAUCUUUCAAAAUAAAAGGAAAAUCUUUCUUUGUAAUUGAUAAUGAA